GAGCCUACUGUUUCGUAGCGGCCGCGUUACCUCCCCUCCCUAUAAAAGGAGCUAGCCAGGCCGCGUUGUCCGUUGGCGUCACCGCUUCACCAGUACACCGCCCUCCACUGCCACCACCACCCCGGCCGGCCGGCCGGAGAGGAGAGCGACCGAGGAGGAAGCGAGAGCAAGGGCUCCAUCGGCGGGCGCGAUGCAGAUCUUCGUGAAGACGCUGACGGGGAAGACCAUCACGCUGGAGGUCGAGAGCAGCGACAUCGUCGACAACGUCAAGGCCAAGAUCCAGGACAAGGAAGGCAUCCCGCCGGACCAGCAGCGCCUCAUCUUCGCGGGGAAGCAGCUGGACGACGGCCGCACCCUGGCCGACUACAACAUCCAGAAGGAGUCCACGCUGCACCUGGUGCUCCGCCUCCGUGGCGGCGGCAGGGGCGGCUACCCCUUCCCGAGGGUCCCCUGGAAUCUCAUCAACCUUGCCCGCAGUUACAAUGAGGCCAAGAUCGUCUGCCGCAAGUGCUACGCGCGCCUUCCCCUCAGGUCCAAAAACUGCCGCAAGAAGAAGUGUGGCCACAGCAACGAGCUGAGGGCAAAGAAGAAGUUCAUCUCCAAGCUUACCAUUUGAACCAUUUGGAAAGCAAGUGAAGCGACAUUUUGGAGUGUCAUCCGGAAGUGUCAUGCAUCGGUUGAAUCAAGUUGUCUUAGCAUUUCUAUCAGGGUUGUUAGUUUUGUCCUAGUUUAAGUUUCCAUCUGCAUGUUGAACCUUAACUACUCUUUCGAAUACUGGAUGCUGUUUCGAAGCAUCGCAGUGGCAUUCGAAUACUGAAUGCUAGUGAAAGUUUUUUUUUUUUUGCUGUAUGAUGAACCUUUUAUCGCUGUCUGAAUACUGAAUUGUUCAAUUUGGAA